AUGCCAGCGCCCCGAAAGCGCAGUGAGGAGGAUGAAAGCUCCAUUCCACACUCGCCGAAACAGCAGCCGGUGCCAAACCGCGUGCCUGCAGGACCUCUCCUGCUGUCCCGCGGGCCAAAGGGACGAAGUGGCAUGUCAAUGCUACCAGAGGACCGCGAAGUGGUGCCAGAGCAACCCAUGAAGUCAGGCGAAUGCUUUCGCCUACGCCAAGUGAGUGUGGAGGCGCUGCUACAGGACGGCACCUUGGGUUUGUUGCUACAUGGCACCUCAGUGGUGGGCUUCUGUAGUGAAGAUGCUGCCACCCACGGCUGGCGUGUUGGGGAUCAGAUCGUGGAGAUCAACGGGCGGCGCGUGGCCGCCUUCGAGGAGUUCCUGGAGCGCUUCCUCGCGGCCCAGCUCCAGGGCUUCCCCAUCACCUUCAGCGUGCUGAGACGCGAGAUUCCGGAUGAUGAGGGCAAGGACCCGUUGGACAACUUCUUCAACGAGACCAAGUUCGUGGACUUGGCCAGCCAGCUGAAGAACAAGUUCGGCAGCUCUGAGCCCAGGAAAGCCCCGAGCCCCACGGGCGAGUCGAUCAUGGAGAACCCCUACAUCCAGGCCUUGCGGAAACGCCGCAGCGAGCUGAGCCGAAGCCCGGAGGGGUGGAGCGACGAAGGCGAGUACCCGUCCUUGGCCGCGCAGAUGGCCUCGGAGCGCUGCGAUGCCUUGGCCACGUUGUCCAAAGCCUCAGACACACCCCGGAGGUUCGAUCGAGAGCCGAAAGAGCCCCUGGGAACCAUGGGCUUGCCGGCACCUUGCGGCCUUGCGGCCUUGCGGCCUGCCUGCGCGCGACUGCAUGUGAAGACUGCAGAGGAUCCCAACAGUCGGAUCGUGCUGGGGCCACAUGAGCCCAUAUUUCUCAGGACCACGGACGUGUUCACAGCUGAGGGCCUCUCUGUGUUAGACGACCUGUGCCAGCUCACCCAUUUGCACGAGCCUGCUGUACUGAGCUCCCUGCAAAAUCGCUUCGACAUCGACAAGAUCUACACCUUCACGGGUCCCAUUCUCAUCGCGCUCAACCCCUUCAAGGUGAUCCCGAAGCUCUACGACGAAGAUAUUCUCAAGAGCUUCAUGACGACCAAGCCAUCCACCAAGCCGCACGUCUUCAACACGGCAAAUGCCACAUACCGCGGCAUUUGCGACCGCAAGAAGAGCCAGACAGUUCUUAUCAGCGGCGAGUCCGGCGCCGGAAAGACAGAGACCACAAAAUUCGUCAUGAAGUUUCUGGCAAUGGCAGGGGCCGAGAAUGGCGAAGUGACAAAUGUAGAGAAGCAAGUCCUCGAGUCCAACCCUCUUCUCGAAGCCUUUGGGAAUGCUCGCACCUUGAGGAACGACAACUCCAGUCGCUUUGGGAAGUUCAUCGAGCUGCAAUUUCGGGGCAGCGGCAAGGAUGCCGCCUCCUUGGGGAUGGCGGGUGAGAACUGCCGCCUUUGUGGCGCCCGGAUUCAGACCUACUUGCUGGAAAAGGUCCGCGUGUGUGACCAGCAGGAGGGCGAGAGAAACUACCACCUCUUCUAUGAGGCCUGUGCAGCAGCUUCAGUGUCGGGCUCCAACUACUCGCUGGGGCCCAGCUGUUGUGUUGGGGAACUUUGGAUGGAUCAAUUUCACAAGGUUUCCGGCUUUGGCGACCUCUCUCAGUUUGCCUAUCUCACGCGCUCUACCUGCAAGACGUUGAAGGGGGUCGAUGAUGUGGAGAUGUUUGAGCGCCGUAUUCAGGAGCGCGAGAUGGCGUUUUACAGCUCUCCCAGCUACCCCGUGUACCGCAAUGUAUGGUCUGCCUUGUGCAGCCAGACCCGCGUCACCCGCAGUGAGAAGAUUAGGAGCCCGGUGAACGUGCGUCAGGCAGCGGACAACAGAGAUGCUUUGGCAAAAGCGGUCUACGGCAUUGUCUUCAACUUCAUAGUGCGCAGCACAAACAUGUCCAUCGGGUACGUGCAGGACGUGAAACUCUUUGCGGGAGUGCUGGACAUUUUUGGAUUCGAGUGCUUCAAGAUGAAUUCCUUUGAGCAGCUGUGCAUCAAUUUCACCAAUGAGCGGCUCCAGCAGUUCUUCAAUUCCUUCGUCUUCAAGCUGGAGGAGCAGCUCUACGAGCGCGAGGGCAUUGAGUGGGACCCGCUGGACUUUCCGGACAACCAGGACGCUGUGGAGAUGCUUCAAGGGAAGGGUACAGGCGUUUUCGCCAUCCUGGACGAAGAGUGCGUGGUGCCCCAGGGCUCGGACCAGGGCUUCUGCAACAAGCUCAUCAAGCAGCACAAGGGACACAGGCGUUUCGAUGAGAUCAAGACGAAGCCUACAUGGUUUGUCAUCAAGCACUUUGCGGGUCCCGUGAGUUAUUGCUCGGAUGGAUUCCUGGAUAAGAACAAAGAUCAGCUCAGCAAUGACUUGAUCGAGUGCAUGGGCUCCAGCACCAACGGCUUCAUCGUGGAUCUCUUCAAGCAGGACGUGAAGUACAGUGAGGUGCUGAACAAGGACGAAGCCCAGGCUCUGACUUCAGACCUGGCUGUGCAACUGACGGCGGACAAGUACGACCGCAAGGCCGUGACGGAGCAGCUCCGCUACGGCGGCGUGCUGCAGGUGGUCCAAGUUAGCCGCGCUGGCUAUCCCGUGCGCAUCAACCAUCAGGAAUGCUGGGACGACUUCAAGAUCGUUGCCUCACCGCAGAUCAUCGCAGGUUUGAAGCACGUGGACGACACCAAAGUCCGAGCCCAGAAGCUGCUGGAGCAUCUUACCACCGAGCUGCACGUGCCCAAGCCGCUGCACGGUCUGCCGUGGGCCGUCGGCAAGACGCUGGUCUUCUUCAAGCUGCCGGCCUUCGAGCGCAUCAAGUUCGCUCGCUUGGAGCUGAUGGUGAAGAGCGCCACACAGAUUCAGGCGCGCAAGCGGUAUCGGGCGUUGCUCAAGAAGGCGAUGGGUCAACUUUGGCACCCGGCCAUGAAAUCUUUGGGCAGGCAACGAAUCUACAAGCAGCUGAGAUUGGCUGUGCACGUGGCACAGGAGAGAUGGCGGAUGCAUGCCGCCAAGUCUCAGAUGAAGCAACUAAAGCAGGAAGCGAAGGAGGUGGGAGCGCUCAUGGCCAAGAGUCAGAAGGCGCAGGAGCAGGCGUCUUCGCUGCGGAAGCGCAACGAAGAGCUCGAGGCGAUUCAGCUUCAGCUGCAGUCCGAGAAGAAGAGCUUGCUCGGCAGGGUGAAAGAGCUGGAAGAGGCUGUAGAGAAGAUGAAGUCUCAGAUGGAUGAGGUGAAAGUCCAGGCCCAGGAAGCAGCCAAGCUUUCAGCAGACUCCAAGAUCAUCGUGGAGACCGAGAGCUUGAAGAAGUUGGAGCAGUCGCUGCAAGACAAGGAGACCGAAAUGGCGCAGGUUAAGGAGGACCUGACGUCCGCAAAGACAGCUUCGGUGAAGCAGCAGGAGCAGCUGCACGAAACCGAAGGCCGAUACCAGCAGCUGUUGAAGAAUUCGGCCAUGCAGUCCGUUUCUGGCCUGCCUGGAGCAGCACCCAAAGCUGCGUCCAAGCGAUCGACUGGGCAGCGCAAUGUGUUUAUCCAAUUUGCAGGGGCAUCGGGCACCGGCAAGACGUCUCUGCUGGAGGCCUUGAUCGCCGAGCACGACCCACAGCAGCUGCCCAAGUUCAAUGAGCAGAAGAGCAACUUCAUGGCACACCACCAGAUCCAGGUCGGUGAGAAGCUGGUGAAGGUUCUCGACUGUUCCGGAAAUGCCAGGGCUGCGCAUUUGGUCAAAGAGCGCUUCGGCCGUUCGACCUGGGUUUUUAUUGUUUACGACUUGUCCAAGAAGGAGUCCUUCGACACUGCCCUGGCACUCACACAAGAGGUCCACGAAGCGGGCGCCAGACCUUUGCUCUUUGGCAACAAGUAUAAUGUGGAGAGGGGAGCCCAGAUCAAGGUGGAUGUGGCUGCAGCCAAAGACGCUGCGGUGCGAGCUGAAGGCUCGGCCUUCGAAAGCUCCAACCUCAUGGACGCCGUGAAGUUCGCCAUCAACUCCGAGGAGCCCGACGAUGGCCAGGGGGUGGAGGCGGUCUCCCCGGACAAGCGCAGCUCCAUUUCCAUGGCCAUCGACUCCGUGAAAUCUUGGUUUGGCGGAGACCGGAGCAAGAGUGCGGGCAUUCUGAGGCCUUCGUUGAAGGGCACCAAGAAUAUGAAGCAGGCUCGAAAAGAUCCGGAUCCUAGCAUGGAUCUACGUCCAGUGCAGGAACUGCAGGAUUCGGAGUCUGCCGUGACCUGCAUAUGCUUCGGACAAGAACGUCAGCACAAGGCGUACGUGCUGCUCGCCACAGCCUCCAAGGAUGGCACCGUCGUGGUGUACCGAUGCUAUCGGACAGAGAUGGAGAUUGCCAUGCUCUCUGACCAGGAUUUCGGGAGGAAUGACGACUUUUCAAAUCCACCAGCAGACAACUCCAACAUUGCAGUGCAUUCCAGACUGGUUGGACAUUCCCGAGCCAUCACUUCCAUCUUCUUCAACCUGCUUGAAGAUCAGCUUGUCACCACCUCCAUCGACAAGUCGGUCCGCUUUUGGAGCAUCGAAUCCGGAGAGAUGCUCAAAGUGUUCACAGACUCUUCGCCAGUUCCGGUAGCCACCUUCCUGCCAUUCAACCCACAGGUCUUCGUGGCUGCCAACUCCAACGCAGUGCUGAGGUUAGUAAAUGUGCAGAACGGCUUGGUCUUGCAGAAGCUGAAGGUGGAGACAGAGGUGAGAGCUCUGAAGUUUGACGACACAGGGCUCUUCCUGCUGGCAGGCACCAAGAGUGGCAGCAUCCACGCCCUGGAAGCGACUGACUCCAACACGCUGAAGUUCAAGUUCAAGGUGAACCUGGCACGCGGCGGUGUCACCUGCAUUACCUUCGUCCCAGCUGCAAACCAGCAGCCGGCGUGUUUGCUGGUGAACACCUCCGAUUGCUCGGCCUCCAUCAUCGACUGCACGUAUGAUCAAGGUGCCCUCACAAAUCUCACGGUGCGGCAUCGAGUGCGAGUGGCGCACGAGCUGCUGCCGCUGAAGAACUGCUACUCGCCGUCCGGCCAAGGCUACCUCAUCUCGGGCUCCGAGAAUAAGGAGGUCCAUAUUUACUCCUUGGGCAAGGGCGCAAACUACAAGAUGCAGUACUUGAAGCACCACCAGGUGCCCGUUGUGGCUGUGGCCGUGAAUUUGCAGGAUACGCUUUUGGCCAGUGCAGACUCGCUGGGGCGGAUUGUACUUUGGAGGCGCUUGGACUUCUCCCACAUUCCAGACGGAGCCUAA